UGGUUUUCUGCCUUCGAAACGGAACCGAAGUGUCGCUGGAACAGGUUUCGAAGGGCCAUCAGCGCAGCUUAAAGAAAGGGAGGGAGGCAGGGGGAUUUCUCGAGGGGCGGGAGAUAUUCCGAGGGGCGGAGUUGUGGCAGUUGAGACCCUCCAGGAAGGGGAAACCCGCGUGGUCGGACCCCCGGGCAAAGGGGAGGCUGGUGCCUGGAGAGGACAAAGAGGCUUGGUGUCCUUUGAGGAGGUGACCGCCUGUCUGUCCAAGGAGGAGCGGACUGUGCUGGAUCCAGGCCAAAGGGCUCUCUAGAAAGACGCCUUGCUGCGGAUCUGUGGGAAUGUGACUUCUCUGGGUGAAAGGCAGGAAAAAAGCAUUAUAUGGAUUCCUUUGUGGUGUCUUUGUAAACAAGCAAGCACAAAGUGGGAAAAGAGACAUCUGGGAAUAGAAGUGACUUAAAAGGCAGAAGAAAAAUCAAUGAAAGAGGAAAUCCUGUACUUUGUAGGACGCUGUUAUCGAUGAACUCUGGAUCCCCUAGGAAGAUCACUAAGGGAAAAGAAAGGGAAAGUGUCCAGUGUAGGAGAAAAUAUUAAAAAAUAAGCCCAAGUAAAAUUGUGGCACCUACAAGGGGAAAAAACAUAUCAAUGCAUGGAGUGUGAAAAGUGUUUCAACUCUCACCAGCUUACUCCACAUGAAAGAACCCAUAUAGAACAGAAAGCAUAUGAGCACAAGGAAUGUGGAAAGAGGUUCAGCAUGAGCUCUCACCUUAUUUUACAUCAAAGAACUCAGACGGGGAGAAAUGAUAUGAAUGCAUGAGUGUGGAAGAAGCUCCAGUCAGAAGGGCCACCUUACUCAACAUAAAUGUGUGCAUGCAGAGGAGAAACUGCAUGAAUACCUGUAGUGUGGAAAGUCCAUCCGUAUAAGAACUCAGCUUACUUUAUAUCAAAGAACCCAUACAGGGAAGAAAACGUAUAUAUGUACUGAAUGUGGAAAGAGCAUCAGCAUGAGAAAUAAGCUUACUUUACAUCAAAGAAUCCACACAGGAGAGAAACUAUAUAAAUGCAUAGAGUGUGGGGAAAACUUCAGUGGUAGAAGUGUUCUAACUGUACGUCAAAGAAUCCACACAGGAGAAAAACCCUAUAAAUGCAUAGAGUGUGGGGAAAACUUCAGUGGUAGAAGUGUUCUAACUGUACAUCAAAGAAUCCACACAGGAGAAAAACCCUAUAAACGUGCAGAGUGUGGAAUGAGCUUCAGUCAGCGGCAUCACCUUACUUCACAUCACAGAACCCACACAGCGGAGAAGCCAUAUAAGUGUCUGGAGUGUGGAAAAAGUUUCAGUUCUAGUCAAAGCCUAGCUUCCCGUCACAGAACCCAUACAGGGGAGAAGCCAUUUAAUUGUCUGGAAUGUGGAAAGAGUUUCAGUCACAGUCAUAGCCUUUCUUUACAUCAAAGAACCCACACAGGAGAGAAACCAUACAAAUGCAUAGAGUGUGGCAAGAGCUUCAGUCAGAGCCAACACCUUACUUCACAUCACAGAACCCAUACACAGGAGAAGCCAUAUAAGUGUCUGGAGUGUGGAAAGUGUUUCAGUUGUAGUAAAAGCUGUUCUUUACAUGAAAGAACCCACACAGGAGAAAAACCCUAUAAAUGUGCAGAGUGUGGAAUAAGUUUCAGACAGAGGCCACACCUUACUUCGCAUCACAGAACCCAUACAGGGGAGAAGCCAUAUAAGUGUCUGGACUGUGGAAAGAGUUUCAGUCACAGUAGUAGCCUUUCUUUACAUCAAAGAACCCAUACAGGGGAGAAACCAUAUAAGUGUCUGGAGUGUGGAAAGUGUUUCAGUCAUAGUAGAAGCUUUUCUUUACAUCAAAGAACCUACACAGGAGAGAAACCAUAUAAAUGCAUAGAGUGUGGAAAAUGUUUCAGUCAGAGCCAACACCUUUCUUCACAUCACAGAACCCACACAGGGGAGAAGCCAUAUAAGUGUCUGGAGUGUGGAAAGUGUUUCAGCUGUAGUCGAAGGCUUACUUUACAUCAAAGAACCCACACAGGAGAGAAACCGUAUAAAUGCAUGGAGUGUGGAAAAAGUUUCAGUUGGAGCCAAAGCCUUACUUCGCAUCAUAGAACCCACACAGGGGAGAAGCCAUAUAAGUGUCUGGAGUGUGGAAAGUGUUUCAGCUGUAGUCGAAGGCUUACUUUACAUCAAAAAACCCACACAGGAGAGAAACCGUAUAAAUGCAUGGAGUGUGGAAAGAGUUUCAGUCGUAGUGGAAGCCUUUCCUCCCAUCAAAGAACCCACACAGGAGAUAAACCGUAUAAAUGCAUAGAGUGUGGGAAAUGUUUCAGUCAGAGCCAACACCUUUCUUCACAUCAGAGAACCCACACAGGGGAGAAACCAUGUAAGUGUCUGGAGUGUGGAAAGAGUUUCAGCUGUAGUCGAAGCCUUACCUUACAUCAUAGAACCCACACAGGGGAGAAGCCAUAUAAGUGUCUGGAGUGUGGAAAAAGUUUCGCUCGCAGUAGAAGUCUUACUUUACAUCAAAGAACCCACACAGGAGAGAAACCGUAUAAAUGCAUGGAGUGUGGAAAGAGUUUCAGUCGUAGUGGAAGCCUUUCCUCCCAUCAAAGAACCCACACAGGAGAUAAACCGUAUAAAUGCAUACAGUGUGGGAAAUGUUUCAGUCAGAGCCAACACCUUUCUUCACAUCACAGAACCCACACAGGGGAAAAACCAUAUAAGUGUCUGGAGUGUGGAAAGAGUUUCAGCUGUAGUCGAAGCGUUACCUUACAUCAUAGAACCCACACAGGGGAGAAGCCAUAUAAGUGUCUGGAGUGUGGAAAGUGUUUCGGCUGUAGUCGAAACCUUACUUUACAUCAAAAAACCCACACAGGAGAGAAACCAUAUAAAUGCAUACCGUGUGGGAAAUGUUUCAGUCAGAGCCAACACCUUUCUUCACAUCACAGAACCCACACAGGGGAGAAACCAUAUAAGUGUCUGGAGUGUGGAAAGAGUUUCAGCUGUAGUCGAAGCCUUACCUUACAUCAUAGAACCCACACAGGGGAGAAACCAUAUAAGUGUCUGGAGUGUGGAAAGAGUUUCAGCUGUAGUCGAAGCCUUACCUUACAUCAUAGAACCCACACAGGGGAGAAACCAUAUAAGUGUCUGGAGUGUGGAAAGAGUUUCAGCUGUAGUCGAAGCCUUACCUUACAUCAUAGAACCCACACAGGGGAGAAACCAUAUAAGUGUCUGGAGUGUGGAAAGAGUUUCAGCUGUAGUCGAAGCCUUACCUUACAUCAUAGAACCCACAUAGGGGAGAAACCAUAUAAGUGUCUGGAGUGUGGAAAGAGUUUCAGCUGUAGUCGAAGCCUUACUUUACAUCAUAGAACCCACACAGGGGAGAAACCAUAUAAGUGUCAGGAGUGUGGAAAAAGUUUCACUCGUAGUAGAAGUCUUACUUUACAUCAAAGAACCCACACAGGAGAAAAAACAUAGAAAUGUACUGAAUGUGGAAAGACCUUUAGUGCGAGCUGCAAACUUACUUUGCAUCCAAGAACACACACAGGAGAUAAACCAUAUAAA